CGCGCUCCUGAUCCUUAUCUCUGCGCGCGCUGCAUCGGCGCCCGCCGGGAGGCGGAUCCCGCCCGCCUCGUCCAUGUUGUGGGUCCGCAAUAUCCGCCGCUUCGUCGACACGGGCGCCGGCCUCGGAUCCGAGGCCAUCAUGGAACUGGAGACUAAAAGGAUAUUGCUUGAGAUUUUCAAGGAGCGGCAGCGGAAGAGUGCCGAGGCUGGUUCCAUCCCAAGUUUUUACAAGAAACCUGAAGAAGGAUCCAUUAGCUCUAGAGUUCAAAGGUUGGCCAAGUACAGGUUUCUAAAGAAACAAUCAGAGCUUCUGCUGAAUGCUGAUGAUCUUGAUGCCAUGUGGGUUUGUCUCAGAGAAAAUUGUGUUAUUGAUGAUGCUACUGGUGCUGAAAAGAUGAAUUAUGAAGAUUUCUGCCAUAUCGCCACAGUCUGCACUGAGUAGAUUGGUCAGAAAUGCAAACGAUUUUUCAGCCCUUCAAACUUCAUGAAGUCUGCACGGAGCACUUGCACAGAUUGUUUGGCUAAUUACAAGAUUAUCUCAGUGUUUUGGUUUGAAUUUAGAGUAUACUUAUGUAUGAAAUAUUGAUUGGUACUCAUUUAUAUUAUAUUAAUUAUAUUAUUAUUAAAU